AUGCAAGCCGGGGAGAAUGUUAACUGUCCCCGCUACGAUCCGCGCCAGAUCGCUAGGGCUCUCAACCAUCUAGACCCCGCCUUGACGCCAGAAUGUAUCGCUAAUCCACAGCCAGAACGCCUCUGGGCUAUCUUUCGCGCGCUGUUGAUCCACGAAUACGAGAUCCUGGAGGAAUCACUGAACUACCUACCACUCAGUGCCGAGAUUAACGGCGAUAUCGAGAGCGACUUAUUUCGGAAUGUAACGCCGUUGUGUGUGCUCUACAGAGCCAUGACGACCGUCUACAACGAUUUCUUCGACUUCCAAUUGGAGAUGCAUGAUCUCAUUGAGCCGGACCGUGAACGCACAAGAAUUAUGCUCUCGCUGCUUGUGCAGCUGCUCGACACAUUCGGACGGCUCGAAGGGCCAAUGGAACAACUAGAGCAAAGCGAAGAACAAGAGUCUCGACAGUACAAGGACGCGCUUAUCCAGGCAGAAGGCAUCGAGCGAAAACUGGCCGAAGAGCGCAGAGAAGAGGCGGCCAGGAUGCGGCGUGAAAAUCAGCUUUCCGAGGAUACGCAUAAGCUCAUUACGGAGCUCAAAAGCCAGAAGCAGCGGGCCGAUGAGCUCGGUGCUAUCAACGAGAAAGCGGAAGAAGAGAAAAAGCACGAAGAGGAGAAAAAGAUGGAGUACGAGGAGCGCAACAAAGAGCUGGCCCAGAAAGAGAAGGAUCUUCAAGACUCGAUUGUCGACGACCUGCAAUUGAUUCUCAAACAAAAGGAGGAGCAACUCGAAUUGCGCAAUGAGGUCAGGGACGGUCUGCAGAAAUCCAAGCAAGAUGUCGAGGACAUCAGGAAUGACCGUGAGGCGCUGCGGAAGACUGCCGCGCUGCUCGAUACAGCAAAGCAGAACAUUGCCGACCUGCGCGAGUCCAGCAAUAAAUUCGGCCAAGAAAAUCUCGAGCUGAUCAAUCUGGAAUCCAUGCUCGACCAUGUUCGAACCGAUAUCGAUGCAUGUGCUGAAGAUCUUCGCACCAUCGAGAUCGACAUGGUUGCCGCUCACCGAGCACACACUGCUGCUCUGCAAAACCAUCGAGCGGAUCUGGCAACAAUCGAGGCUAAAAUAUUAGAGCUUGAAGGGGAACUUGCCCAACUGAAGGCAUCCGGCGCAAAGGAAUCCAGCAACCAGUUGAUUCGCGACAAACAGGGCAUCCUCGCCUCACUACGCAACCAACUGGUCAAGAACCGACGAGCGACCGAGGAAGAAAUUUUGGAAUUUGCGAGGGAGCUGCAGGCGGCUCAACAGCAAUUUCUCAAAGCGUCGAACGAGGCUGCGAAGGUUGUCAUGCAGAGCAAAGCAGCCACCGAUGAGGUGCACUCGGCGCUGAUGGAUGAGGAAAUUCGUGGUCUCAACGGUUCCAUCGUCCAACUCUCGAGUCCGAAUAGAACCUCCCUGUCCCCCUCCCGCAGUAUGUACGCCAAGCUGACCGGUUCGAGCAAAAAGGCCAUGCCAAAAUUGAAGUUCGACGACAGCUCAUUCCACACAUCCAAAUCCAUCUCCAAUGAAGACAGCACUCUCGCUCCUCGCAAACCAUUGCAAGAAUCCAUGUCCAACUUCGCACCGGAAACCCCAGGAAAGCCAAUCGACCGGAAGUCUAGCGAAACCAAUUCUACGAUCAAUAUGUGCCAAUCGUUUACUGGACCUUUGGGUCAUUUU